AUGUCGGAUAAAGCAAUACAACUCUCGGGUCUGCAAACUGAUGAGCCCUCAAGCACACCAAAUGCAAACCCCCAACCGACCAAUGAUGACGGUCUAUCUGGAUGCGACGAGCAGUACUCGAUCUGGACGAGGUCGCAAAAGCGGCGUAUCGUGUUGCUUGUGGCAUUUGCCUCUUGCCUCUCUCCACUCAGCAGCUUCAUCUAUUAUCCUGCUCUUACGGCGAUCGCGAAGGAUAUGCAUACCACUCUAUCCAAGGUCAAUUUGACCAUAACUUCCUACAUGAUUGUCUCCGGCGUUGCACCUACGCUGUUUGGCUGCAUGGCGGACCAGGUGGGAAGACGGCCUGUCUAUCUACUCACGUUUACACUCUAUGUCGUCGCCAAUAUCGGACUUGCUUUGCAGGAUAGCUAUCCUGCUCUACUGCUGCUGCGGAUGCUCCAGAGUGCGGGCGGUUCUGCCACAAUCGGUCUUGGAUAUGGCGUUGUUGGCGAUAUUACCGAGUCUUCUGAGCGUGGAUCAUACAUGGGCAUCCUCGGGUGUGGCCCAAACGUCGCACCCAGCCUUGGACCAGUGCUCGGUGGCGUCCUUGCUGAGAGAGCAGGGUGGCGCUGGAUUUUCUGGUUCUUAGCAGUUUCAGGCGCUCUCAGCUUGGUGCUUAUUGCCAUUCUGCUGCCAGAAACUGCGCGCAACAUUAGCGGCAACGGUUCCCGCCUUGUCCCUGUUUUGAACAAAAGCCUUCUGCUUCUUUGGCGUGAAAGCAGGCGAAAGGAGGUCAACAUGACACCUGUAGGAUAUGGCACCGCUGCGCCGGAAGCUGUUUCCCACAUCGCAAGUCUGAGGAUACCAAAUCCUCUGGGAAGCGUGCAUAUAUUUCUGCAGAAAGAAAGCGUACCCAUCAUCCUCAUUAAUGGAGUCUUCUACAGCGCAUACUGCUGCCUGCAAGCAUCCCUGUCGUCUCUAUUCAUUGCAACAUACGGUUAUAAGGAGCUUGAGGCCGGCUUGAUCUAUCUGCCAUUUGGCGUUGGUUGCUUCCUUGCAUCGUUGUUGUCGAGAAAUAUUCUCACGCAAGACUAUCGACGGCUUGCUGUUCGCCAUGGUCUUCCAACCUCCAGCGCCGAAACGUCUGAGUCCCAGAGACUUUCGUUUCCCAUCUUCCAUGCCCGUCUACGAAGCAUGGCUUACGUUCUUCCUCUUUCCAUUCUGACUCUCCUCGCAUAUGGCUGGGCUCUCCAGUACCACUUGCACCCUUCUAUUCCCCUAAUUCUGCAAUUCUUUACAGGCGGCGCCAUGACCAUCGUGUUCAACGCAUGCGGGACGCUCCUCGUCGACCUCCACCCAACGCGUCCAUCGACCGCUCAGGCAGCCCUGAACCUGCUCCGCUGUGCAUUUGCCGCGGCUGAACUUGCUGCGUUGCAGCCGCUCAUCGACGCUGUCGGUCCGGGCUGGUGCUACACCGUGAUCGCAUUAGUUACUGGAGGUGUCGCCGGCGUAUGUGUUGUCGUUGGUAGGGUGUGGGGCGAGAUCUGGAGACGACAAAGACAGCGCACGGCCACGGAAGCAGCUUGA